UCCAGCUUGCAGUUCUGCUGUCGGCAGCAACGGUAGCGUUGCAGAGGACAGGCUCCACUCCAGUCAGGAUUGCCGAGGCGGAGGAUAUCACGACGCCCCCGCCUCCUCCGAUACCUCCAUUCAUGAUGGACCCGCCUCUGAACGUCACUCUACUGGAUGGAUCCGUUGAAGAGCUUUUCGAAGGGGACAUCGUCCUCACCAAAGAUCAGCGUCUCAACCGUAAGGGUGCCCUGGCAUCGACCUGGCCGAAUGCAGUUGUGCCGUAUAUAAUCACCAAAUCCUCUAGAGGUGACGAGACCAUCAUUCUAGAAGCAAUUGCUCAUUGGGAGAAUGCAACGUGCCUCAGUUUCGAGAGGAAACGAGGACAAUACAGGAAAGGGCCGCACAUUCGCUUCGAAAAGUUGUCAGGAUGCUGGUCCUACGUUGGUAUGAGAAAGUCGAAGGAAGGUCAGACAAUUAGCAUUGGGAAUAAUUGCGAAUAUCUCGGUAUUGUGGUACACGAGAUUGGCCAUGCUAUCGGAUUCUGGCACGAACAGUCCCGUACAGAUCGAGACUCGUACGUCACGGUCAUUUCGGAGAACAUCCAAACUGACCGAGGAGGUAAUUUCAACAUAGCGUUCACCGAACAGUCACUGGGAGUUCCGUACGACUUGAACUCCUUGAUGCACUACGGUGGAUUUGCUUUCACCAAUAAUGGUUUUCCGACACUCGUCACCAACGACAUCGCUCAGGCGGGACUAAUUGGGAAUCGCGACGUUCUCUCACACCGCGACAAGCACCUGGCCAACCUGAUGUACCUCUGCGACGCCAGCUGCUCAUCCCCGCCCACCUGCGCCAACGGAGGCUACGUGGACAGCAGCUGCACGUGCGUGUGUCCUCCGGGAACCAGCGGCACCACGUGCCAAACCGUCACCGGCACCUACUACGAGGCGCCGUGCGGCGACCAGGACAUCACAACGGAGAGCAACAUCACCUCGCCCGACUACCCCAGCAUAUACGCGCCCGGACUGCACUGUGUCUGGAUCGUCACCGCGCCAGAAGGAAUGCAGGUCCUCAUCGAGUUCGGCGCGUUCAAGAUGUUCGGUCGCUCUGGUGUCAGGUGUCCCUUUGACUGGGUGACCGUGCACACCGAUAGCGACUCGAUUCCAGACUACGUCAACUGCGACGAGGAGCUGCAGGAUAAGAACAUCACGUCGUCGGGCGGUCGUCUGGCUCUGGAGUUUCACAGCUAUGGUGGUGGCAGCUUCCCUGCUAAUCAGACGGGAUUUACGGCAACGGUGACGUUCGUCUAGGAGAUCGACGAGAGGCCCUUCCUCGGGCCACACUUGA